AUGGUGGAAGAUAACCCUAGGGUGUGGCAUGAACUGUUAUCAGAAGCACUUUGGGCAUAUAGGACUUCUCAACGGUCAAGCACAGGUGUGACUCCAUUCACGCUCACUUAUGGUCAUGAUGCAGUUUUGCCUAUGGAAGUGACUGUGCGGUCAAUGAGAUUCGCAUUGCAAAACAAUUUGACCCCUGCUGAAUAUAAUGAGUCUAUGUUGAUCGAAUUGGAGGACCUAGACGAAGUAAGGUUAAGGGCUCUUGACCACAUACAAGUUCAGAAAAGGCGAGUAGCAAGGGCAUAUAACAAGCGUGUUAGGGCCAAAAUCUUCGGUGAAGGUGACUUGGUUUGGAAGACUGUCUUCCCAAUGGGUGUGAAUGAUCGAAAAUAUGGAAAAUGGUCACCAAAUUGGGAAGGUCCAUUUAUGGUUUACAAAGUCUUAAAAGGAGGCGCAUAUCAUUUGCAAGAUCUUGACGGGGAAAUACACCCUCGAUCGAUUAAUGGCCGAUACUUAAAAACUUAUUAUCCUACAAUGUGGGAGACAAUGGAGAAUAAAACCAAAGAUGGUUAA